AUGUCACCAAAUGAACAUAGAAGAAAUCAACAUCCCAAUAGUUCACCCAAUCAUGCAUUUGAAACCAAUAGCAGAUUUUUCCCAGUUAUUUCCUCUCAAGUAGCUUAUAGGAAUAAUGAAUUGAAUUCUAACGUUCCCACGCUGCCACGGAAUCCAACAAACAGGCCUAGCACACCUUCUAAUAGCCCUGCUAGACCGCAGCUUGCGUUAAACGAUGGAAUGUUUUACGUGAGGCCAGAGAGUGAUUCUCAGUCUUUGAACUUGGAGGAACAAGAUGUUGAGUUAUCGAAUACUGACCCCAAUAGAGCACCCAACUCAUCACCAGUGAGCCCUCAUCAGGAAGUCAUUGCGAGCGCAUUGGGUUUUAGCAGCAAUUCAAGGGUUUAUCAAUUAUCGGCUACAAACAGUUCUAAUGGAGCUCAUAAUUCGACUAUGAGUCUUAUGGGGUCCUUGGUGGACUCACCAUCAUCUAAAGAGAUUAGAAAGUAUUUAGCAUCUCGUCCAGUUACAGCACCAACUGGCCACCGUAAAAGAAUCAUUAAAUUGACAAAGCCGGACCAUAACCUAGAAGCCCCUGGUUUGAAGGAUGAUUUCUAUUGCAACGUGGUGAGUUGGUCCAAAAUGACCAACCGAAUCGCUGUGGGUUUGAAUAAGUCCGUUUACUCUUGGAGCACAAAUAAUGAUGUGGUUCUCAUGCACCACGAUAAUUAUAUAACUGUCACAGCUGUGUCGUAUUCCGAUCAUGAUUAUAUACUCAUAGGAAAGGAUAAUGGAGAGGUUUUGAUGCUAUCCCAACGUGAAAAUGCUAUCAAGGCCACGCUCUCCAACCACGACAGAAGCAUAUUUUGUUUCCAAUGGUUCCCCGGUUCACGCCAGUUUUUAGCCGGUGACUCCAAAGGAGACGUAUUAUGCGUAAAUGUCACAGAAGACAGUAUGGGUAACGUCAGUCUAAGGAUACAAUGCAUUUUAGAAUGCCAUCAACAACAGAUAUGCGGCCUCGCCCUAAGCAACGAUUCCCAGCUACUAGCCGUAGGAGGAAAUGAUAACUGCUGCUCGAUCUGGGAUGUCUCCGAUGUUUUAGCACCAAAGAUCAAACUGGUCCUACCCCACAAGGCAGCCGUCAAGGCCAUAGCCUUCUGUCCUUGGGCAAAUUCAAUUUUAGCUACAGGAGGUGGUAGCAACGACCGUACUAUCAGAUUCUGGCAUGCUAACACCGGGACUCUAUUAAAUACAUUUGCUGCAAAAGCUCAGGUUACGUCCUUAUUCUGGUGCAAGGACCGAAAAGAACUAAUAUCAACCUUUGGUUACGGCAACUCGGAAAAACCGUUACUUCUUUCUGUCUUUUCCUACCCGGAAAUGACUCCUUUGAUUGAAGUCUCCAGUACUACGUACCUCCGAUGUUUAAGUGCAUGCCAAUCGCCCGAUAGAAGUUCCAUUUGUGUUGCCGCAAAUGAUUCGUUUGUAAGAAUAUAUAAAAUUUGGCAAUCCACCGAAGGACCACCUUUGUCACCCGGAUCAAGGAGCAUUGGAAUCUACGGCAGCUCGUUGAUUGAGAUGUAUGAAGGUAUUACAAGAGGUGAUAUUCUUCGAUGA